AUGGGCUCUAUAUUGGAGCUGGAUGCAGCCGAAUCGAUCGGGCUGAUAACGGAGAGCUAUAAAAGGCCGGGGGCCGGCUUCGCCCGCGCUCCAUCCCCGCCGCGCAGCCAGCGCAGCCAGCGCCCGGCCGCCCCUCCGCGCCCCUCCGCGCCCCUCCGCGCCGCUCCGCUGCCCUCCCGCGGCAUGGGGCCGCGCCCCGCCGCCCGCCCCGCCGCCCUGGCGCUGCUGGGUCUCGCCGCCGCCGCCGCCGCCGUGUCGCUGCCGCUGCCCGACGCCGGUCCGCACGUUAACUACGGCUGGGGGGAGCCGAUCCGGCUGCGGCACCUCUACACCGCCAGCAAGCACGGGCUCUUCAGCUGCUUCCUGCGGAUCGGCGGCGACGGCCGGGUGGACGCUGCCGGUAGCCAGAGCCCGCAGAGUCUGCUGGAGAUCCGCGCCGUGGCGGUGCGCACCGUGGCCAUCAAGGGCGUGCGGAGCUCCCGUUACCUCUGCAUGGACGAGGCGGGGCGGCUGCACGGGCAGCUCAGGUAUUCCACUGAGGAUUGUUCCUUUGAAGAGGAGAUUCGUCCAGACGGCUACAAUGUAUAUAAAUCAAAAAAAUACGGAAUAUCGGUGUCUUUGAGUAGUGCCAAGCAAAGACAACAGUUCAAAGGAAAAGAUUUUCUUCCGCUAUCUCAUUUCUUACCUAUGAUCAACACUGUGCCCGUGGAGUCAACAGACUUUGGUGAAUACGGCGAUUACAGCCAGGCCUUUGAACCAGAGGUGUACUCCUCGCCUCUCGAAACGGACAGCAUGGACCCCUUCGGCAUCACCUCCAAACUGUCGCCGGUGAAGAGCCCCAGCUUUCAGAAAUGA